AAUGCUAAAAGUGCAAAUAACACGAACAGAUCCAUUGCUGUCCGGUUGAGGUUAUGUUUUUUAAAACAAACCAAUUGUGCAUCAGCUGUUAUACAAUAAACAUCAUUAGCUGAAAAUCAUGGGUAAAAAGGGUAAAGGAGGAGGUAAUAAUUUAGGGAAAUCCUUGAUUAGAGAUCGAUUUGGACCUACAAGAGCCAAGAGAAACAAUGAAUCGUCUAUGCUCCAUACCUCGGAGAUCAAUGACGGUUAUGAUUGGGGUCGACUCAACUUGCAGUCGGUUACGGAGGAGAACUCGUUCCAAGAUUUCUUGUCAACUGCCGAGCUGGCGGGAACCGAAUUUAACGCGGAGAAAUUAAAUGUUAAAUUCGUGAAUCCUCACAAUCAUGGCUUGCUCUCGAAAGACGUAAUAAAAACAGUACUAAAAAAGCAGGAAGAAAAUAAAGAUUCCGUCAAGAUACCAAGGAGACCGAAAUGGGACAGUUCUAUCAACGCCCACGAGUUACAGACACGCGAAAAAGAAGCGUUCCUGGAGUGGCGACGUCACUUGGCCGCGUUGCAAGAAGUGGAGGGUUUGAUGUUGACGCCUUACGAGAAGAAUUUAGAGUUCUGGCGACAAUUGUGGCGUGUCGUAGAGCGCAGCGACGUGGUGAUACAAAUUGUAGACGCGCGCAAUCCACUUCUCUUCCGUUGCGAGGACUUGGAGCGUUAUGUUAAGGAGAUUGAUUCCAACAAAUUGAACAUGAUUCUCCUCAAUAAGGCAGAUUUCUUAACGGACGAGCAAAGACAAGCGUGGGCGAAAUAUUUUACAGAUAUAAAUGUACGGGUAGCCUUCUUUUCCGCUACGUUAGCGUCAGAGGAACCGGUGAUUCAAGAAGAGGAUGAAGAUGAAGCGAGAUCGACUGAUGAGGAUAAUCGCGAUCAUUCCGAUAAUAAGAAUAAGAAUGAAGAUGAGUCGGCGAAGUCUGAAUCUGCGUCGGAAUCGGAAUAUGAAAGCGCGGACGAUAGUGUCAUCGACACAUGCGAUAUACCUAAAGAAACAAAAGCUGAUAAUAGCGAGCAACAAAUAGAAGCUCAACAAUGUGACGAAUUAGAAAAUUUGAAAAUCUCCGCAACAGACUCGGAAACAAAGAAAAUAAUCAAUUCGCCGAAAUUACUAAACAGGGACGAUCUUAUAAAAUUACUUAAAACGAUUUACAGCGGUGAUAAAACGUAUACAAACGGAGUGACGACGAUCGGCUUGGUGGGGUAUCCAAAUGUCGGCAAAAGUUCUACCAUCAAUGCCCUGCUUAUGAAUAAAAAGGUUUCCGUGUCAGCCACACCGGGCAAGACCAAGCAUUUUCAGACAUUGUAUCUGGACAAGGAUCUGCUGUUGUGCGACUGUCCGGGCUUGGUGAUGCCGAGUUUUGUUUGCACGAAAGCGGAUAUGAUCUUGAACGGUAUAUUGCCAAUCGAUCAGAUGCGGGACCAUGUGCCAGCAAUUACAUUACUGGCUACAUUGAUACCUAGGCACGUUCUAGAAGAUCUGUACGGUUUCAUGUUGCCUGUCCCAACAGAAGAACAGGAUCCAAAUCGCCCACCGACCGCGGAAGAGCUUUUGAACGCGCAUGGUUACAAUAGAGGUUUCAUGACACAGAACGGUCAGCCGGAUAAUCCGCGUUCAGCGAGAUACAUUUUGAAGGAUUUUGUUAACGGCAAAUUAUUGUAUUGUGUCGCACCGCCGACGCUUGAACAAGAAUGUUUUCAUGUGUUCCCACCGCGACAUCGAAAUUUGUCCGCCAACAAGCACAUACCGCCCCGAACAGCUCGCGUAAAUCAAGGAUGUGGAAUAACGGUCAACAACUUGGAUCGGAAGUUUUUCCAGGAUACACACAUGAAGGGACGCCGUGGACCUGUACUACAACACCUAAUAACGUAAUGUCAAAAUGCACGCGGGAUCAACGGUCAGUUUAACGGAAUCGACUGAUAAUCAGUCUGAUAAAAUGAAAAAACCCUGGAAGAUGAUUAAUAAACAUGUUAAUAAGAAUAAACGUGAGAAAACCCGAAGGCUGUACGCUCAUCUCGAUCAACACUGAGUGCAAAAAGUAGCACGUCCAU